UUUAUUUUUCAUAAAAAUGUCAAUGUUCAAUGAGUGAUUGGUAGCUUAACAGUCAACAUGCCAGUUUAAGUGUUUAUUGAGAUUUGGACAUGGCCACAGAAAGGUGAUGGGAAAAAAAUAAUCAUUUGAAAAGGGCCUGGGUGAGGGAAUGUGGAAGACGUUCCACAAAAAACACAACCCUGAACCUGGUGGGUGAAGUAGAUCUACAAAGAAAGAAAUGAAAUAUAAACAAAACCCCAUUGCACAUACAUAACCACAAGGCCAUCCUGAAGUGGCACAAAGUUUAUGCUCUGGGGCUUUGAGUUGCCAAAUCAAUGACUCAGUCAAUCAAAAUACAGGCAGAAUAAACUUUCCAGCUUAGCUAACAGCAGUCGAUGUGAUAUUAGCUAAACAUACAUUAUGUUGAGAAAAAUGUAAUGACUUGUAAACAAUUAACAAAUACCAAAUUAAAUUUUCAUGAUGCUUGGUAUUGCGUCCAAAGUCAAUCCUAUGUAAAUUUCCCUUUACAUUGUGUAAAUGUCCUUCUACUCUGGAUUUAAUACAAACAGAUCUGAGAAAGUGAGUAAAUGGUUCUAGUGAAAACAAUUUAUACACUUUUGACAAGCAACUUAGUUGUAGUUCUGAACAACUCUGGUGGAAUAUCUCCCUACCCUCUUCUGCCACACUACACAACAAAUGUUACCAAAUAUUUCACCUACACAAAGUAACUUCCUCAAAUUGUUGCACUCCAAGCUAUUUUCAGUAACAUUUAUAGUUCCUGCAGUCAUAUUAUGAUAAUACAUUUCUGAUAUGCCUGCCUUACAGGCUAGGGAAAGGUCCACAUCUUGAAUAUCUUAUUGUGUAAAUGAGUACAAGUUCCUACAUGAGGUGGAAUCUAUGGGUCAAAAGCUUGGGCGCAUUUCAAACAACAUGCUAAAAUCACAGCACCACAUAGUGGCCUGGCAUGAAAACUACAGGUCUGUGUGAAACUAAACAUCUGAAAACCACAUAACCAUGUGUCAGCAGUUUAACGUCAGUCCAACCGCGCUGGGCCCUAUACGCCCACACACACGUUGCCAUGCUAUAAGGCAACAUGGAGUUUGCCCGUCCUUAUUGGAUGGAAAUUGUAGCAUCCAAAGAUAGGUUGGUAAGUAAGACAUAAAAGCUUGUGCACAGAGACCAUCGUGCCACAGAGCAACCUGCACUGACAUGUUGCCUCGUUGCACAGAGACUCACGUUGCUGUAAGCAGCUAGCACAGCAUGUAAGGGUUGAUCAGCAGUAUCAGGUAUCAGAAAAGCCACUCUUUGUUUACAUUUAUGUAAUUUAACCUUUUAUUAAAUGCAUUUUAAAUGUUUGCCUUACUUUUAAUGUAACCUGAAUUCAGUUUUAGGUCUUCAUGGAAAACAGGACAGGUGUUGUGACUGUCUUACAGCAUCCAUGCUAUGAGAUAAAUCAGUUUAGCUACAAACUAACCGCGACUCCUUCUGUUGUAUGUAUAAUGGUGUAUGUGUUUCUGACACUUCUGUCUCUUGUGACUGUAUGUGGAAACCUCCUUGUAGUAAUAUCAAUAAUUUACUUCAAACAGCUUCACACACCCACCAACACUCUCAUUCUGUCUCUGGCUGUGGCCGACCUGCUGGUUGGGAUUUUAGUAUUUCCUCUCAGCAUGGCCUUCUCUCUCAGUUCAUGUACCUAUAAUGAGAGUUUAUUUUGUAAGGUACGUGACAGCUUUGAUAUAUUGUUUAGUACAUGCUCUAUUAUGCACCUGUGUUGUAUUUCAAUUGACAGGUACUAUGCUGUGUGUCAGCCUCUCACAUAUAGAUCUAAAAUCAGCCGUCAUGUUGUUGCCAUCAUGAUCACAGUGAGCUGGGGUGUUUCUGCUCUCGUUAGCAUCGGAGUGAUAAUUCCCAGACUGUCCCCUUACGGAUGUGCUGACAUGUGUUUUCUGGAUGUAAUCACGGCAAACAUUAUUGGACCUAUAUUAUCAUUUUACCUUCCAGUGGUCAUAAUGCUUUGCAUCUACCUGAAGAUUUUCCUUGUUGCACAGAGACAGGCACGAAGCAUCCAAAGCAUAAAGUCCAGAGCAACAGCCAGUAAGAUGGAGAGAAAAGCCACCAAAACUCUGGCGAUUGUUCUGGGAGUUUUUCUAUUUUGUUGGUCUCCUUUCUUCCUUUGCAUUUUCUUUUCUAUCCCGGUUUCUGUGAUUGAAACCGUUAACUGGCUUGCUCUGUCAAACUCUACACUGAACCCGUUUAUCUACGCUUUCUUUUAUACCUGGUUCAGGUCAGCUUUUAAAAUGGUUGUUACUGGCAAAAUAUUCUUUGGUGACUAUUGUAGCUUCAAAUUACACUGAGCUGUUUUGUUGAGGUAUAUAAUGAUAAAAGGAACCAGUAUGAAGACACAUAAAUGCUGACACUAUCAAAUUAGAUACUACUUAAUGUGUGUCACACAUCACAUGUCUCGUAGGCAGGAUAGAACCCAGAAACACGACAGAUCAGCGUGUUCUUCUAUCCCAGCUCCACCUCAUCCCUGCUGAAGAUGAUCAGGUUGGAGGGAGGAUCUGUUUAUAAUAGAAGCAAAUUAGUUGAUACCCUUCCAGCUCAUUCAAACAAAACUUUUCUCUCCUAAAACGAGAUUCAGGUAAAAGUAACUGUCCAAUAGGCAUUCUGCAUAUCAUAAACUUAAAUAAAUAAAUACUUCUAAGGUUGGUUAUCUGUUGUUUAUGUUGCAAAGAUAUAGUUUGGAUAGAUUUCUUGGGAUUUACAAAGAAACUUUAAAUCUGCGCAAUAAAGUUGUGUUUGGAACUAGGAGUUACCUUGGAUAGAAUCACAGACGCUUUCAAGUUUUUCCUCAGUCAUUCAGUCUAAUUAAAAGAUCAGCUGGGUAACCUGGUGUCGUUAUGCCCACCACACUAUGGAGUAUGUAUUUGAAAAAGCAAACACAGGAGUUGUCUACAGCUACUUAUUGUCGACUUUAGGAGGUAUAAACCAGACAUUCAGCCCAUCGUUAUAAAAGGGGAAGGAGUGGGGAUGGUGCCAAAUCUAUUGGUACCAGGUCACCUACAUCAGUGAAGACCUGACCUGGAACUCCAACUCCACUUCAGUCCUGAAGAAGACACAACAGAGACUGUUUUCCCGAGGAUUCUCAGGAAGAACAACCUGAGAACUGAGCUUUUGCUGUCCUUCUGUCGCUGCCCUUUUUAGGCCUGUCAUGAUAAAAACAUUUGCUGGACAAUAAAUUGUUCCAAAUUACUGAGUUUGUUUUAAUUUAUCAUGCGAUUAAUUGAUUUAUUGAUUAUUGUGACAGGCCUACGCACUCUGACUGGUAUAUCCCAGAGCAGUAGUAACUGUGUCAGUUCCUGGUGACCAACUUCAAAUUGCAAUGAUCUUUUUCUUUUUUUUUUGGUCUGUUUGUAGUAGUUCUGACCUAAAAAUAAA